AUGUACGUGCCGUCGGGCACGUCGGGCGCGUCGGUGAUGCAGGUCUUCGGCGCGGCAACGCACGCCACCACGCUGAUGCUGCAUGUCUACGACGGCCGGCUCACCUACUACCACCAGCUGACCAAGGUGGUGGCGGACCGCGUCUACGACCGGUGGAUCCGGCUCAACGUCAUCCACGACGUCGCGGCCGCGAACGUCACCGUGUUCGUCGACGGCGAGAGGAGGCUGGCUGCCCCCGGCCAAGGCGGGAAGGAGCACUACUUCAAGUUUGGCGUGUACAAGCAGCACGAUCCGUCGCACCGCAUGGAGUCGCGCUGGAGGAACGUCGCCAUCUACACCAAGCCGUGA